CAGCCAAUCGUUUCGUUCUCAAUUAUGUCCUCUGUAGAAAAAUGUCCUGUCGACCACGGCUCAAUGCCAUCUUCGUCGUCAGAUAAAUGCCCAGUCGAUCAUAGCACGCGUUGGUCAUGGACAAAUCUCUUCGGUUCCUCCAAAGACACGUCCAAUUCACACCCUCCCGCUCACCAGCCCAAUGUUACAUCACAUCAUACAUCGAUUCUCCCUACAGAACGAGAAAUAUCGUCGAUACCCAGGGCAGACGGUGCCAAAUGGGUGUACCCUUCUGAGCAACAGUUCUAUUCUGCUAUGGCGCGGAAGAACCACAAUCCACAAGCAUCUGACAUGAAAGUCAUCGUCCCGAUUCAUAACGCUGUUAAUGAACGGGCUUGGGCUGAGCUUAUGAAAUGGGAAGAUGGCCAGGGAGGAGACAAAUGUGGUGGGGUGAAGCUCGUUAGUUUCAAGGGCAAGCCAAACGAGAGGACUCCAAAAGCUCGAUGGAAGAUGCUCUUAGGGUAUUCACCACCCUUUGACCGGCAUGAUUGGGUCGUAGACCGUUGUGGGACCCGCGUUCGAUACAUCAUCGACUUCUACACUGGUCGUGCGGGGUCAGCGGCGGGUAAUCUGUCCUUCUACUUAGAUGUUCGUCCUGCUUUGGACAAUUGGGAAGGCGUCCGACUGAGAACAGCGAAGUUCUGGCAUCGCUGGACCGACAAGAUUCGGGCACCUUCGACGUCUUCGACACCGACACCGUCGCCAAAAAGUAGUGCCUAAGUCACGCCCUACUUAUCUGGGGGAUAUACUAGCAUAUAGACUACAUGUAAUGCAUAAUCACCCACACCAUUCUACGCAAAGAAUACUCUGAGUGAUAUAGAAAACACUACCGUUUACUCUUCUUCGACUUUUUGAAUGGCGGCUUUUCCGGUUCGUCCUCGCUUUCACUACCAUCCGCAUCGCUGCCAGAUGCAUAGUCAGCUUCCUCCUCUUCACUGAUCUCUUCCUCGUCAUCCCAUUCUCCUUCAUUCUCAUAAUCCGCCUGCCCCUCUUGCUUGCCGUCUUCGCUCAAUUCUUCGUCCAAUUCCUCAUCUUCGUCGUCACCCUCCUUAUCACCACCUGUUUCACCCUCUGCUUUCUUCCGCUGCACAUUCCUCUCCUGUUCUUCUCGCCUCUGUUUCCUUAGUUUCUCCUUGGCUGCAUGUUCAGCUUUCUGAGCCACAAUCUCAGCCUUGGACCUUU